ACCGGGUCAGGAACCACUUUUCUCUGUCUGGAUCGCAAGCAGGAAAGGGGACCAAGCGCAGAUAUGAACAGACAAGGUUUCUUCACCGUCUUUGUCCUUCUGGCUUGCUGUGUGGCUCUCAUGCAAGGAUUGCCCACCUCCAGACGGGAGCGCUGUUUUUGCAAAAGACCAGGCGUGCUGUCCGUGAACAUGGACCGUGUGGAGAAAGUGGAAUACUACAAGUCAACCAGUAGCUGUGGACAAGAGGAACUGCUAGUGUUCCUGAGAAACCAGCGAAGACGUUGUCUGAACCUGAACGGGGACCAAGGCAGGAGAAUUAAACUGGCAAUUAUGGAAAAAAACAAGGCCAACCAAUGAAGUUCAAACUGAGUUUUAGAGAAGCUGCUUCACAAAUGAUUCACUUCCUAAAGACACGUAAUCUAGUUUCCGAAGGAUUCACAAUCUAUGACAUCCACGUUGGGAGCCAAGAGCGUUAUUCUUAUCAAGCUGAUGGGGUUCAGAAGUUAACCCCAAGUACUUCCUGUAGGAAUUUAUUAAAACAAGAGUAAUGCAAUGAGCUGAAAUGUCUGUAAUUUUGUCUUGAUUUUGACAUCUCUGACCAUGGAAGACGAACUCAUUCUUCCAAAUCAAACAAGCCAGGACAAUGUGAUAGAAGCACCCUUCGUUCCUGAAUGUUUUAUGCUUGUAACACCAAUGCAGAUGGUCCUUGACUUGCAACCACAACGGAGCCCAGCGUUUCCGUUGCAAAAGCAAGUGAGAUUUCCUUCAUUUCGCGACCUUUCUCGCACAGCCCUUAAGUGAAUUCGCUGCAGCUGUUACGUUAGUAACACCACUUUCGAAUCUGGCUUCCUCCUUGACUUUGCUUAUCAGAAGGUCGCAAACCGGGAUCACAUGACCUCGGGACCCUACAACCGUCAUAAAUCUGAGUCCGUUGUCAGUUUUGGUCAGGUGACCUUGGAGUUGUUGCAGCAGUCUUGAAUCUGAAAAUUAUCCCUGUUUUCAGUGCCAUUUUAACUUCAAAAGGACUAGUUGGUGGCUCAGUGGCUUAAGACACUGAGCUUGUCAAUCAGAAAGGUUGGCGGUUCGAAUCCCUAGUACAGGUUUCCUGCAUGAGCAGGGGGUUGGACUAGAUGACCUCCAAGGCCCCUUCCAACUCUGUUACUGUUUACCUGAAUUUUAAUCAUGUGACCAUGGGGAUGAACAAUGGUUGUAAGUGUAAAAAAAUUGAUCCUAAGUUCGUUUUUUUUCCGUGCCAUUGUAACUUUGCAUGGUCACUAAAUGAAUGGUUGUAAGUCAAGGAGUACCGAUAUUUCAUGCUGGUUAAUACCAUUAUAGGCUUCCAUUCCUGAUCGUGUUCCGUGUGUGUUGUAAUGUUGCAGUCCAAGCUUUAUCAUUUUUUAGUAGCAUUGCAAAUUUGUGCGCAAGUACGUAAGUCGCAGAAUGCAACAUAACAUACCUCUCAUUACGUCCUCUGUGGGCACGUGUGUAUAUAGUCUAUGAUAGUUAAAGAGAAUAUUUCUUCAAUAUUUCAAUAAAUGUCAUUCUGCUA